AUGUCAACUAUCUCGUCUAAUCCUGUAAUGGAGCCAUGCAACAAAGACUCUAAAGAGAGCAAUGGUUCUACAAAAGAUGUUAGUAUGAAGAACUCACUGCACGUGACGAUUUACGACCCACACGCAUUUGAUUGUUGCGUUUGUCUUCAACUCUUGACCAUUCCCGUUUUCAAGUGUGAUAAUGGUCAUAUUGUUUGCUCAACUUGCUGUGAUAAACUUGGGAACAAGUGUGACAAGUGCUCAAAACAAAUUAGCUUAAAACGUUCUAGAUCCUUUGAGGAUCGAUUGCAAUCUAUCAAGAUGUCAUGCCCAAAUGAAAAAUAUGGCUGCAGGGAGACAGUUAGUUACAGUGGAAAAAGAAAGCAUGGAGAAGAAUGCAUCUAUGUGCCAUGUCAUUGUCCCCUUUCAGGUUGUAAUUUGGUUGCUUCAUUAGAAGUGUUGUACAACCAUUUCAACUGCGAACACUGUGAUUCGCUAAUCGAAUUUUCUUAUGGCCACCCCUUUGUUGUCUCCUUGAAGUCUAAUGAUGAAACCGUGGUUCUCCAAGAGGAAAAUGAUGGCAGACUAUACACUCUCAAUAAUAGUACUAUAACGAGUAUAGGAAAUGCAGUCAAUAUUAGCUGCAUUGAUCUUAACUCUUCUUCUGAUGCUGGAUAUAGUUAUGAUAUAUCGGCUAAGUCUAAGUUUGGCAUGCUGAAGUUACAUUCUUUUCCUAAGAAUUUCCAACAGGCUACUUUAGCAACUCAAUCAUCAGCGUUCCUUCUGAUUCCAUUGGGUUAUUUUAGUUCUUCUGAACCUCUCAAGCUAGAAAUUUGCAUAACCCCCAAGAUGAACAUAUUCGUUGAGACCCUGUCUGGAAAGGUGAUCACCCUGAUGGUUGAGAGUACAGAUACUAUAGCCAAUGUGAAGGAGAGGAUUCUUGAAAAGGAAGGCUUCCCAGUGCAUAAGCAACAUCUGCACUUUGACAGUCAGCAACUAGAUGACAGCCAGUCCCUUGCAAGUUACAACAUCAAAGAAAUGUCAACCCUUCACCUCACUCUCUGCCUCCUCUAG